UAUUUACCACUUGAAAGUAGCUCACUUUAAACAAGAAGCUGAAGCAGCCAUCAUGAGCGCUAAGCUUGUGACAGAUAAACUUGCCGCAGAAGCAACCGCAAGGACGGAAGCACAGAGACAACUGGAAGCUGUUUUGAAACAAAACAAGGAACUCAUUUCUACUGUGCAACAACUCGUCGCACAAGUUCACGCUCUCCAUUCACAACGACACACUCUUUCUACGUCACAUGGUUUACGACUCAGUUCCAGUACCUCAUCGUCCAUGUCAUCGACUCCUACUUUGACACCGAAGCACUUGCCUUCAGGAUCAUCAAGAAAGAAUCCCGGUGAAUCUCCAGUGUUGCCUUUCAUUCCUCCACCUCCCAUCACACCAAGUCCAAACCAUUCCCGCCAGAAUAGCAUCGACAGUUGGUCUUCGUCUCUUUCUGGUGCCAAACUAGGAACAACUUUAGACACUUCUGAGAUUGAACUCUCUGAAUCAAAGCGUAACCCCCAACCUCAAGAAUUCCUACGUUUUGUAUUUGACAAUUCCAAUUCUUCAGACGUUUUUAUGGGGACUGAAGAAAGUAGCAGUUCAACAGUUACCGCUGACACGGCAACUGAAUCUGCGGGCUCAACAACGACUAAUGAAAAUGAAAAUAGCGGCUCAGCUAGACUUGAGCCAAAUAGUAUUUGAUAUAAAAUUCACAGAGAAGUAUUUUUUAUUAGAGAUUUUAUGAUAUUCUUGUCACGCUCCUUGUUGAAUAUAAGACUUUUUAUAUCCAAUAUCAUUCUCAUGGCCUUCUCUAUAAUUGCUAUUACAAAGAAUAGCGUAUGUUUUGAACUACGCCAUUUUGAAAAAGAGCCAGUGCCAGUAGAGAGACACUGGUAACGAAGUUGUUUUAUAUCGGUGCGGACAACAAAAGCGCUUGCUCAAGCAUUUGUGAGAAUCCGCUGAAAAUUAAGUAACAGCUUUCGUUUUCACAAGAUACACUACAAGAUUUCUUGUGUACAAAUAGAUUUAGAUAUAUAAAAAAUUGGUAUUAAUAGAUGUUCAGUUAUGGACGUUAUCGGCUCGAAAAGGAUUACUGGGUAAUUUUAACUUCGUCCAUAUUAACUUUAGACUCAGCUUUAGACUCAAUACUCAAUUUUACCAUCCCAACCGCCAUCUUGAAAAGUAGCCAAGAUAGCGCAGGUGACUUAAGAAUAGAGUAUUUCAGCUGAACCAAAUUGAUUAUUAGACAAAUGUGAAAAUAUUUAGAUUAAUUGCUCAUGGCAUUGAAACGCUUUGAGAAUUUUAACAAAAUUUUUUUUGUUGAAAAUAAAGUCAAUUAUAUUUUGUUAUUAUUUGAUAAGGUUAAAUGCUUAUUUUGAAUCGUAUUAUUUGGUUUUAUCUUUAUGUAAGCCGAAGUUGUGAACUUUAAUUCCAGGAAAAUUGUUAUAAUUCAUGUUGUACUAUUACAUAGUCGGUAAAAUCACGCUGAAAAGCGUGAACAUUAUUAUUUGAAGCCAAAGGAAACAGUGAAUGUGUACACUCGACUUCUGUAAUUUUCAUUUUGUUUCACGCCUUGUGUGAAAACGUAUAAUUACAAGUAGGAGAAAGAAAGAAAACUUCAAAUGUAUAAUUAUAGAAAACAAUAAAAAUUUGUGAAAAAAACUCAUUAAUGAUUUAUGAGCUAGUAGGCCAUUCGACGUGCGUCGCUUUAAAGAUAUUCCCAGAACAUAUUGUGUUUAAAGUGGUAUAAAGGUUAUUCACAUGACCAAAUUGGGAUACCUCGAAUGGCCUACUAGCUCAUAAAUCAUUAAUGAGUUUUUUAAGAAGAAUGCUGCACGAUUUAUGUCCAAAUUUUCCGUCUUCCCAUGAUGCAUUUCGAUCGUGCAUAGAAGUUUGUURUACCUGGUCUUCAAAAGAGGGCUGUUUAAAAAUCUGCAGUGCAUUUGACAAAAUAAAAACAUCGAAAUGAGGACGUUCUAUCAAAGGGGUUUGCAAACCAAGUGGACUUUUUGCUAGGAGAACAUAUUUUGACGCUACAAAUUGAGAUGAAAAUCAGUGUACUCUGCCGUCCUUCAAACUCAGAUUUUGGCAUUCAUUUCAAAGCAGAGUCAUGUUUUGUGUCUUUUGUUUCCUCGUUGCGAAAUUCUUUUAACUGUAAGAUCUACAGUAUCUACUAGUAAGUUCGUACGARCAAUUUCAGGGCUCUAGCUUACUAUUUCGGCAACUUAUAGACUUUUGACGCAUAGGUCGAAUUCGACCUAAAUUUCAAGGGGCAGACGGGAAAGA